UCAACUGUGGACUGUGGAACCAAACAGCAACCUGAACUCAUGUCCACAUUAGCAAAGACAAUGAGCAAGUUCCGUCUGGCGGUGGUCCAGCUGCAGGUGUCAGCCGUCAAAGGAGACAACCUCAGCAGAGCCCGGAGGAUGGUGAAGGAGGCGGCGGGUCAGGGCAGCAACAUGGUGCUGCUGCCGGAAUGCUUCAAUUCUCCAUAUGGGACGGGGUUCUUCGCUUCAUAUGCUGAGAGGAUCCCAGGAGAGUCCACACAGCUGCUGUCAGAGAUGGCCAAGGAGAACAAGGUCUACCUGGUGGGGGGAUCCAUCCCUGAAGAGGACGGAGGGAAGUUGUUUAACAGCUGUACAGUGUUUGGGCCUGAUGGAGAGAUGAUCCUCAAACACAGAAAGAUCCACCUCUUUGACAUCGACGUUCCCGGGAAAAUCCGCUUCCAGGAGUCUGAGACGUUGAGUCCAGGCAACAGUUUGUCAAUGUUUGACACUCCAUUCUGUAAAGUCGGCGUGGGGAUUUGUUAUGACAUGAGGUUUGCAGAGCUUGCUCAGCUCUACGGAAGGAAAGGCUGUCAACUGCUCGUCUACCCCGGAGCGUUCAACAUGACGACUGGACCGGCUCACUGGGAGCUGCUGCAGAGAGGAAGAGCUCUUGAUAACCAGGUGUACGUGGCCACGGCGUCUCCGGCCAGAGAUGAGACUGCUUCUUAUGUGGCCUGGGGUCACAGCACUGUUGUAAAUCCAUGGGGUGAAGUUAUCUCAAAGGCUGGAGCAGAGGAGGCGAUCAUCUAUGCUGACAUCGACCUGCAGUACUUGGCUGACAUACGACAGCAGAUCCCGAUCACGUCUCAGCGACGACACGACCUCUACACGGUGGCGUCCACACAGGAAGGAUCAAGCUGAAAACUCUGGAGGGAAAACUGUGAAGGUCCUAAACUCUGCGUCGUCUUCUCCCCUGAAAAUGUCUCGAUCUUAGAGACCAGAAGCAGUGUGGAUAGUAGCUUCUCAGUGACAGAACUGUGAUUUAUUCUACAGAACGUUUGGUGCUGAAAUACUAGAUAGAAAUCAUCAGCAGUUCAUCUGCAGCAUCGUUCAGAAGUAAAACCAAACAUUUAUCUGGUUGCAGCUUCUGUGAUGAAUCAAUCUGAAUCCUUCAUCAUGUCAUCAGAAAUAAAGCCUGCUUCUGUCUUUUAGCUGUUAUACACCAGAGAUUUUAUGGAAAAUAAUCAGUAGUCCUAUUUUCUAAAAUGGUGUAAAAACAUGAACAGCUCUGUGAGAAAUAAAUGAACCAGCCUCA